AUGGAAUCCCCAGCUCUAACAGGAAGAUUGGCUAGGUGGCAGAUGUUAUCAGAAUACGAUAUUGUACAUGUUAACCAGAAUGUGGUAAAAGAAAGUGCCAUAGCAGACUUUCUCGCAAGUCGUGCUUCAGAAGAUUAUGAGUCUCUGAAUUUUAAUUUUCCCGAUGAAGACUUAAUGAGUAUCUUGGUUGAAGAGAAUGACGUCUCAAAUGAUAAAUCUUGGAAGCUUUACUUUGAUGUAGCAUCUAAUGCUCUAGGACGAGGAAUUACGACAGUGUUGAUUUCCCCGAAAGAAGUCUAUUACCCUUUCACGAGUAGGCUCGAGUUCUUCUGCACCAACGAUAUAGCAGAAUACGAGUCAUGUGCUAUGAGAUUAAGGGAAGCUAUAGAAAGAAAAGUCAAAGUGCUUAGAGUACAUGGAGAUUCCUCACUAGUAGUAUACCAACUCCGAGAAGAGUGGGAAACGAAAGACUCGAAAUUGGUUAAGUAUCAAAAUUUGAUCCUUUAA